AUGAUAACCGGGAAAAAUAGAGAGAAACACGAAACAAAUUUAAAAAAGGUACUAAAAUGUCUAGAUGAAAAUGGAAUCAAGCUAAAAAUAGAAAAAUUUGUUUGGAAAUGGACUAAUAAAUGCAAAGAUGCGUGUAAAAAAAUAAAGCAAGAAAUAAGUAGUACUCCAAUAUUACAACAUUAUGAUCCAAAAUUACCCAUUAUAUUAGCAACAGAUGCAUCAUCUAUAGGAAUUGGGGCAGUAAUAUCACAUAUAGAAGGGGUACCCACAACAUCAACUGCCCGAAUACAAAGGUGGGCUUUAUUAUUAGCCGGUUAUCAAUAUGAAAUAGAAGUCGAAAGUAGUAGACAAAUAGCAAAUGCUGACAUGCUAUCUAGAUUACCCCUAAAGGGAACUCCAAUAUCAAAAGAAGAAGCGCUAGAUCAAAUACAGGUGGGAGAAACACCUUUAAAUGCAAGCGAAAUUGAAAGAGAAACAAUGCGAGAUGAUAUACUUUCUAAAGUAUACAGAUAUACAAUAGGUGGAUGGCCAAUAAACUAUGAUGCAUGUUUAAAGGAGUAUAGCGAAAGGAGAGAGGAAAUUACAACUGAGAGAGGUUUAUUAUGGAGAACGAAAAUGAUAAUACCACAACAAUACCGAAACAACGUGUUGGACAUGAUACAUCAAGGACAUAUCGGAAUGGUAAAAAUGAAGAUGAGAGCACGACAAUACGCGUGGUGGCCUAAUAUAAACCAAGAUAUAGAAACCUGGGUCGAAAAGUGUAGAGAAUGCCAGGAACAACACGAUAUGCCUCAAAAGACAGCAAUUCAAAAUUAA